CGCUUCGUCAGUCAUACCACGAACAGCGCCUCUCUGGUGAAUAUCUGAAGACACAACUUGACCUCAACUUUAAUUAACCUCGACCAGCGGAAUUUGUUUUGUACUUAAUCAGUGCAAUACAUAAGGAGGAGUUAUUGUCUAAUUCACCUCAAGAAUAUAUACUGUCCAGUUACACAUUUUGUUAAGUGAUCUUGGGCAGCUGACCCGAGGAGUAGCCCAGAUUUAAUGUGCGUGUCAAGUGUAAGUAACGUGGCUGCCAUGACCGUGGCAGAGGUAAGCACCACACUGACGGAGAGCCCCGACAAGACCAACGUGUACCGCUCUCGCUUCCACUCGAUUUCCGAGUUCCGCCCCUCAGAGAUGCAUAAAUCCAGAUCCUUCGCCGGGUUCAGCAUGUUCUCCUCCUCCACCAACGCCCUCACCAACCAAGAGCUGGAGAAACUGGUGGACUCACGGAAGAGGGAGCCUACCAAGGUGACCAAGGCGCAGAUCAAGGAAUACGGCAAGAAGUACAAACACUUCCAGGCACACGAGAAGGACAAUGCUCCUUGGUACAGAGCUUUGUUGGAGCACACGCAGCCUGCACAUUUCAUCACAAUAGUGGCGGUGGUGUAUCUCGGCUUCAGGCUGUUCCCCGAUUCCCGCAGGCAUGCUACUGAGGCCUCCACACUAACUAGGCUCUUCUAUAUCGCCGCCGUCAGUACCGUCUUCGGCAGUCAGAUGUGGAUGACUUUUGUGUCAGGUCUUGCUCUCUUCCUCUCCGUCCCCCGACACGUGUUCGCGCAGGUGCAACAGGUGCUCUUCCCGCUCUACUUUUUGUGCAACGCGGCUCUGAUGUUGGUGGCUGUGGUGAUGUACACACAACACCACCCAACACACCUGUGGGACACUCAUCAGAUGAUGCAG